UUACUUGUCUGCUCUGGGCAGAUGGCUAGUUGCUUCCGAGUCUCUUCGCACCAGAGUCUAGUCUAAUUAGCUUCUUUCUUCUCUAAAAACUGACAGGCUAAAGGGUCAGUGUUCUGAGAAGGUCCUCUGCCUUCAGAGCAUGAAGAGUGUUGGACAGAGAGUGAGGGGGGUUAUAUUUAGUGUUUGGUCCCAGGCAGGGUCAGGGUCCUUACCUCCUCGCCUUUGCACUGCUACUGUUUCAGGUCUCGGUCUGCAAAGUGCCUUUGUUUUGGCAGGUAGCAGAACAAAAACCGAGAAAGGAGCCAAAAAAAGAAAAAAGAAAAGAGAGAAGCAUCAGCACUGUUUGCAGGAAACCCUAGGGUUCCUCUACCUGCAGACACAACCUUAUUGGGAGUUCUGAGAAAAAAAAAAGAGUGGACAGUUUCUUCAAGUGCAUGAUUGAGAAACUGGACUCUGGAGUGAUUUAAGAAGAGUGCUGGUAGGAAAUAACAGAAACCUUAAAGCAAAGGCAUACAAACAGUAAGACAGGAAAGCAGUAAAGUGGUAGGCUGAGACAUCUUUACCAUUCUGAAGUGUUCUGAAGAUUGGAAUCCAUUUGAGAACUACUUACUGCAUUAGAUAUACAUCUUCAUUUCCUGGGUCAACCUCAUAACAUUGAAAAAUGCCUUCCAGAAGUAGCUGCUCUGAACACAUACCCCAAACACCAACCAACAAAUACAGUGAGGAUCCUGCCAUCCAGGGCGUCAAAACAAUGAAGAGGGGAAAUAAAAAGAAUGAUUAUAGCCUUGAGACCAAUCCUGUCCUCAGAAGUCCCAAAUCAGAUACUACACAGAAUGGAAAUUCUCCCAAAGAAGCCAAUCUCUCGAGAGAUGACUUGUUAUUCCUCCUAAGCAUUCUGGAAGGAGAAGUGCAGGCUAGAGAUGAAGUCAUAGGCAUUUUAAAGGCUGAAAAAAUGGACUUGGCUUUGCUGGAAGCUCAGUAUGGGUUUGUCACUCCAAAAAAGGUGUUAGAGGCUCUCCAGAGAGAUGCCAUUCAAGCAAAGGUUGCUCCGUGGCAGGAGGACAUCUAUGAGAAACCAAUCAAUGAGCUGGACAAAGUUGUUGAAAAACAGAAAGAGUCUUACAAACGAAUGCUUGAACAGCUUUUGAUAAUAGGAAAAGCUCACAGACAAACAAUACUGGAGUUAGAGGAAGAAAAAAGAAAACAUAAAGAAUACGUGGAAAAGAGUGAUAAAUUCAUAAAUUUGAUGGAAAAAGAGCAGGAAAGAUUUAAAAAACUAAUAGACCAAGAAACAGCCUACCACAAAGAAAGAGAACAAGAGAACAAGAAGAAAGUCACAGCACUCAAGGAGGAGUUGACCAAAUUGAAAUCAUUUGCUUUGAUGGUUGUGGAUGAACAACAGAGACUCACUGAACAGCUCACCCUGCAGAGUAAGAAAAUCCAAGACCUGACCACAACUGCUGAGCAAGCACACGAGAAAGUAGCUGUUGCUGAAGCCAAAGCUCAGGAAGAAGAGCACAAGGCCAGCAGGUUAGAAAGAGAAUUGCAAAGACAAACCAAAGAGCUCCAGGAGAACCAGGGAGAAAUAAUGGCCAAACUCACCAAUGAAGACAGCCAAAAUCGGCAGCUCCGGCUAAAACUAGCAGCACUUAGUCGCCAAAUUGAUGAAUUGGAAGAGACAAACAGGUCUUUACGGAAAGCAGAAGAAGAAUUACAAGAAAUAAGAGAAAAGAUCAACAAGGGAGAAGGUGGUAAUUCCAGUAUCCUGGCAGAAGUGGAAGAACUCAGAAAAAGAGUAUUAGAGAUGGAAGGCAAAGAUGAAGAACUUAUAAAAAUGGAAGAGCAGUGCCGCGAUCUCCACCAAAGGUUGGAAAAUGAGACAUCACAGAGUAAGGACUUUAAAUUGGAGGUUGACAAACUCAACAAAAGAAUCAUGGAUUUGGAAAAACUGGAAGAUGCCUUUGGCAAAAGCAAGCAGGAAUGUCAUGCUCUGAAAUGCAAUCUGGAAAAAGAGAAGAUGACAACAAAGCAAUUGUCUCAAGAACUAGAUGGUUUAAAAGUUAGAAUCAAAGAGUUAGAAACCAUUGAGAGUAAGCUAGAGAAGACAGAAUUCACCCUAAAAGAGGAUUUAACUAAAUUGAAAACAUUGACAGUGAUGCUGGUUGAUGAAAGGAAAACAAUGAGUGAAAAAAUGAAGCAAACAGAAGAUAAGCUACAAGCUGUUACAUCUCAGCUUCAAAUGGAACAAAAUAAAGUGACAUUGGUUACUGAAAAGUUAAUUGAGGAAAGCAAAAGAGCGCUAAAGUCCAAUACAGAUAUAGAGGAAAAGGUGUACAGUGUGACCAAAGAGAGGGAUGAACUGAAAAUCAAGCUUAAAGCGGAAGAAGAGAAAGGAAAUGAUCUUUUAUCAAAAGUUAACAUUCUGAAAAAGAGACUCCAAUCACUAGAAACUAUUGAGAAAGAUUUUCUCAAAAACAAAUCAAAACAAGAGAUGGGUAAGUCAACAAUAGCUGUACACCAAGAAAACAAUAAGAUUAAAGAGCUUUCUGAAGAAGUGGAGAGACUGAAACAUAAAUUAAAAGACAUGAAAGCUAUUGAAGAUGAUCUCAUGAAAACUGAAGAUGAAUAUGAGUCUCUUGAAAGACGCUAUGCUAAUGAAAGAGACAAAGCUAAAUUUUUAUCAGAGGAACUUGAGGAUGUUAAAAUGGAACUUGCUAGGUACAAGUUAGCAGAAAAGACAGAGUCCAGUCAGGAACAGUGGCUUUUCAAAAGGCUUAAAGAGGAAGAAGUCAAAUCUGGUCACCUCUCAAGAGAGGUAGAUGCAUUAAAAGAAAAAAUUCAUGAAUAUAUGGCAACUGAAGACUUAAUAUGUCAUUUACAGAGUGACCAUACAAUUCUACAAAAGAAACUCAAUCAACAAGAAAACCGAAAUAGGGAUUUGGGAAGAGAGAUUGAAAGUCUCACUAAAGAAUUAGAGAGGUAUCGACAUUUCAGUAAGAAUCUCCAACCCAGUCUUAAUGGAAGAAGAAUUUCUGACCUUCAAGUAUUUUCUAAAGAAGUCCAAACUGAACCAGCAGACAAUGAACCUCCUGACUAUAAAAGUCUCAUUCCUUUGGAACGAGCUGUAAUUAAUGGUCAGUUAUAUGAGGAAAGUGAUAAUGAAGAUGAAGAUCCUAAUGAUAAUGAGUCAACAGUGUCCUUCAAAUGUAACUCAUCUACUGCACAUCCGGUCAACAGAAAGUUAUGGAUACCCUGGAUGAAAUCCAAGGAAGGUCAUCCUCAGAAUGGAAAAAUACCAGCCAAACAGAAUGGGAGCUAUGUGCAGCCUGGGGAUCUGGUCCUAAGUCACACACCUGGUCAACCUCUUCACAUAAAGGUUACUCCAGACCAUGGGCAAAAUACAGCCACCCUUGAAAUCACAAGUCCUACUACAGAAAGUCCUCACUCUUACACAAGCACUGCAGUGAUACCCAACUGUGGUACCCCAAAGCAAAGAAUAACUAUUAUUCAGAAUGCCUCCAUAACUCCAGUGAAGUCAAAAUCCUCUACUGAUAACCCCAUAAACUUAGAGCAAGGCACAUCCCCUAUUGCCAUGGCUACCCUUGCCAGAGCACCAACCCCAGAAUCCUGUGGCUCUCUAACUCCUGAAAGGACAAUGUCUCCCAUUCAUGUUUUGGCUGUGACUGGCUCAGCAGGUUCCCCAGAACAGGGACGGUCACCAGAGCCAGUGGAGGUAGGGGCCAAGCAUGCUGUCUUCAGAGUUUCCCCAGAGAGACAGUCAACGUGGCAGUUUCAAAGGUCAAACAGCAAUGGUUCAAGUGUGAUAACUACUGAGGAUAAUAAAAUCCACAUCCACUUAGGAAGCCCUUAUAUGCAAGCUGUGGCCAGUCCUGUGAGGCCUGCCAGUCCUUCAACUCCACCACAAGAUACCCGAACUCCAGCCCUAAUAAAUGGAACAGCGGGCAAAGCAACAAAUAAAGUCACCAGCAGUAUUACUAUCACACCAACGACUACUCCUCUCCCUCGACAAUCACAAAUUACAAUCAAGGAGGUGUACCAGCGUACAAUUCCAACAAGGACUCCUAAACUGAAAUCUAUGGUAAUCACCAAACUUCCUGCUAAGCCUCCCCCAGGGCACAUCAAAAAAACUGUUCAUCAUCCUGACUUUGGGAAACUACAUAUCACAAGGACCAUCAAAUCGAACACUUAUCUUCAAGUAGGAGGGAAAAGGUAAACCAAGCUGCUAUGGCCAUCACAACCCAUUUUAUUCAACAGAAGGCCUGGAAAACUCCAGUCACCACUCCAAGACAAGCAGGCCAAGGGCUGCCAUUUUGGUGCACAGUGGAACAAGAAACCAAGAAAACUGUUCUAGUUGAUGGAAGAGGGCAAAGUUCAGCUUGCUAUGACAGUAUAUCAGCAAUGUGCCACAUUGUGUCUAGGACCAGCAAUGUUUAAAUUUUUUUUAAAGUAUUUAAACAUUUACAGCUAUGUGGGGAAAAAUAAGGCAGAAGAUCCAUCCAACUUCUUAGCCUCUUCAUUUCCAAUCCAGCUCAGGGAAAAUCCUUAGGUCGUACUCUCCUAGUCCAGAACAGAAAAAAAGUAAAAUCAGGUUUUCAGAAUAAAGAAUAAAGUACAAGCUGGCAAGAACACUAACACUUCAGUCCUUGCUAAAGCUAACUUCCCCAUUUGCUAGAUAGUCUUAAUUUAGUUUAUCCAAGUUAUAUGCCUUAAGUUUUUUGACUACAAAUAUAUCUAGAAAUACUGUCUUUCUAUAGACCUUUACUUAGCAGUAACUUUGCUAAGGAAAAACAUUAAAAUGUUUCCAACUGUUAUAAGAAGUUUUUAUAGUAAUCUCAUAGGAGAGGAAAAGGUUAUUUAUUUUCCUCUAAAUAGCAAUCAGUGUAUCAACAAACAUUGUUAUGGACUUAUUGUAUGCUAGCAGUUACGGAAACAGAAAAACAAUAACAAAAAAGUCCCUUUCUUUCAGCACCUUACAAAAAAAAAGUAGAAAACCACAUAUAUGUUUAAGGACCCCCAUUGAAGGAAGUGGGGUAUAAUUUAGCUUAGAAAAAAAAAGGUCUUGGGAAAAGGAAGAUUAACCAUCUACAAAUAUUUUAAAAAGCUAUUAGACAGGAAUUAGAUUUCUUGUUCUGGCCACAGAGGAGACCUUGGGAAAAGGGUCAAAGUUGCAGAGAGGUCAAUUUCAGCUCAAUUUAAGGUAAAAACUUCAUAGCAAUCAGAGCUAUCUAAUAAGGUAACAGCCUUAAUUUGUGUAAAUAAUGAAUCUGCUAAAAUGAUCAUAUGCUCUAAAUUCAUAUUCACAUACUUGAACUGAGCUAGAAUCAAUGACCAUAUUUUAUAUAAUCAACAUUCAAAUAAAUGUGACCACUUCAAGGGAGUCAGUUCAAAUUAAUUAGGAUCUAGGUAUACAACAUGAGGUAAAAGGAUUCCUCCUCUUGAGAUCUCCAGGCAAAAAAGCAGAUGGUGGUCCACUGUGGAUGUUGGGGAGAGGUAUGUGGUAAUGUGCAAGUUUGAAUGGAUGGUGAGUUGAAUGGAUGAUGAGUCUUCCAACUCUGUGAACACAUCAGGUACUGGAAACAAAAAUGCUGAUAAGAGCCUCAGAUUCAUUUUUCUAGUGGAUUUACUUGAUGAAUGGUGGAACAGCUUAUUGCCUCUCACCAGCAAUGUGCAUAAGAGGCAUUAUUGUGGUGAACAAGCCCUGGAUUUAGAGACAGAGGACCAUGGUUUCAAUCAUGGCUCUCACCUGUCUGAUCUUGAGCAAGAUGUAAGCUUAUAUGGCUCUCGGGUAUGUCUUCUGUAAAAUGAAAUGGGGUGAGAUUAAACAAUCUCCAAAAUCCUUUCCAUUUCUAAAUCCUGUGAAUCCUGUGAUCCAGUUACCACCUGAAAUAUAGCCUCGGCCCUGCUGUUUUAUCCAGAAAGGUUAAGCAGGUAAGAGAGAGAAAGAGAUAGACAGAGACAGAUAGAGAAAGAAUAAGUAGUAAAGUUGGCAGUCUUUGGGCAGGGAGAAAGAUGGUGUUUUGGUCAAAGAUGAUUUAAAAGUCUAGAAAAGGGAGGAGAAGAGAACCUCUGGUGAAGUGAUAACAGAGUAAUAAGAUAAUAGUGAAAUGAAAUAGGUAUAUUAAAUACCAGGGCAGCUAGUUAGUGCAGUGAAUAGAGUACCAGGCCUGAAGUCAAGAAGACUCAUCUCCUCAAGUUGAAAUCAUAUACUUACUAUGUGACUCUGAGCAAGUCACCUAACCCUGUUUGCCUUAGUUUCCACAUCUGUAAAAUGAGCUGAAGAAGGAAAUGAUGAUACCACUCUGUAUCUUUGUCAAGAAAACUCCAAAUGAGGUCAUGAAGAGCGAGACAUGACGGGAAACAUUAAAUCCCACUAACACACGUAUAAUACAGAAGUGAUAAUCCAGUAGGGGAGCAUAAGCUAUCAAGCAAUCUUCAAUACAAGUUUGCCAUGAACCGAGAAUAUGUACAGUGGAUUGUGAGGGAUUAGUCACUUAGUUAAAACAUAACAUGAUUUAAUGCAAAAUGUAUUAAGAAGCAAAGGCAUUAUAUGCAAAAUAAAGGCUAGGAAAAUCCA